AUGGUAGGUAAUAGUCGAAGCCAUUCAAUUAGUCCCACCGAUUCGGUGACUAUUGUCAUUAAAGAAUGCAUUAAGUUAUCAACGGCAAUGAGGAAGUACUCAAAUUUUACAUCUCAAUCGAGUGUUUCUGCUUUACUUAGUGGCAGCAGUGAGUUGUUUUACAAUAAACAGGAGUUUUUACAGUCCAAUAAAGUAAAUGAGAGUGAAAUUGACGAUAAUAUGUCAUUGUUCUCAGCAGAGGCUAUCAGUUUGGACGGGUUAGUUGUUAAAUUAAGAGAUACAAAUUUAAUGAAUCCAAACAAAAACAGUGCUCAACAUAACACUGCACACACCAAUCCAAUUAAACAAAAUGAUCCAUUGUUGGCGGGGCUGCUCCAAUUGAGAUUGAUGUUAAAUAAAUUGGAUUCCUUAAAUGAUAUCGACUCAUUAACAUUAAUCCAACCAUUUUUAGUGGUCAUUGCUACUGGGAAAAUAUCAACGUAUAUCACUUCCUUAGCACUGGAUUCCUUACAUAAAUUUCUAGCAUUGGAUAUCAUUAAUGAAUCAAUGGACAAUUUCAUCGUCAAUUACAGGGAGAUUGUCAAUGCAGUGAUUAAUUGUAAGACAGAUAAUCAAAAGAUAUCAAAUACUCCAUCGGCUACAGCAAGUAAUGUUUCAAAUAUUGAUGAUACGAUCUUAAUUAGGAUCCUUUCAAUUUUAAGUAUAGUGAUCAAUUCACAACACUUCAAUUCAUUAUCCGAUUCAAAUGUACAUGAAAUUUUAACUAUUAUUAUGUCAGUAGCAUGUAAUAAGAAAAAGAGUGAAGUGUUAAGAAAAAAUGCAGAAUCUAUAAUGAGUUCAAUUACAAUCAAAUUAUUCAGUAAAUUAAAUGAUAUGAAAUCAAAAACAACAGGAACCGUGUAUAUCAAUGACGAAUCUUAUUCAAAGGAUGCACUAAAGGAUGUAUUUGAAAAUGAUACUGAAGGAAAAGAUGAUGUCUCUGAAACAAUUCAUAAAAACGAGGAACAAGUACAAGAGGUUACAGAUGAUGAUAGAACCAUGGUAAGCAAAAAUAUAGAAAGUUCUUCAACUACAAGAAAUAUUGAACCUAAUUUUGGUGUACCUGUGUUAAGACUAUAUUUAAACAUGUUAUUAUCAUUAAUUACACCAGAAAACCAAACAAGACAUACAAAUUCAACAAAAAUUUUAGCAUUACAAUUCAUCAAUAUGUCUGUUGAAUUAUCUGGAGAUGACAUAUUAUCACAUCCUCAAUUGUUCAAUGUCAUUUCAGAUCCUAUAUUCAAGUCCAUUUUAUUUAUAAUCCAAAACUCUAAUAAACUAUCAUUAUUGCAAGCGGCGUUGCAACUGUUCACGACAUUGUUUUUAAAUUUACAUUGUCACCUACAAAUGCAAAUAGAAUUAACUCUUAAUAAAAUUUUUGAGGUAUUGCUGGAAGGAACAAAUAAAACAAACAAAGAGGUAGAAACUGAUGGGCCAUCUAAAUCUAGACCUCCAAAGGUCAAAGAAUUACUAAUUGAGCAGAUAUCAAUUUUGUGGACUCGUUCACCUUCUUUCUUUACAUCUUUAUUCAUUAACUUUGACUGUAACUUGGACAGAUCUGAUGUUGCAAUCAAUUUUUUAAAAGCAUUAACAACAUUAUCAUUACCAGAGUCAUCUAUAACUUCAACUGAGACAGUACCACCAAUCUGCUUAGAAGGACUAGUUUCCUUUGUCGAUGACCUAUAUACUGAUUUACGUAAUGUUAACAGACAACAGUUUUUAUUAGAAAAAGACACAAUUGACUUGAUCAAAAAAAGAGAACGUAAAACUAUGUUUAUCAAAUGUGCAGAAGAAUUUAAUAUUAAACCAAAGAUUGGUAUUCCAAUGCUUAUUGAGAAAGGAUUUAUAAAAUCAGACCAAGAUUCCGAUUUAGCUGAAUUUUUAUUUGAAAAUAACAGUAGAGUUAAUAAGAAGCAGAUUGGUUUGCUUUUAUGUGAUCCAAAGAGAACCGGACUAUUGAAUGAAUUUAUCAAGUUAUUCAAUUUUGAAAAUUUAAGAGUAGACGAAGCAAUUAGAAUAUUGUUAACCAAGUUUAGAUUACCGGGCGAAUCACAACAAAUCGAAAGAAUCGUCGAAGCAUUUUCUUCUGGAUAUGUCUCAAGUCAAAAAUAUGAUAGCACUAAAUUAGAAAAUCCAUCAGAAAAUGACAAUGCAACUGUGCAACCAGAUUCUGAUUCGGUAUUUGUAUUAAGUUAUUCUAUUAUUAUGUUGAAUACAGAUUUACAUAAUCCACAAGUGAAAGAACAUAUGUCCUUCGAAGAUUACUCUGGAAACUUAAAAGGCUGUUAUAAUUCUCAGGAUUUCCCUCAUUGGUAUCUAGAUAAAAUAUACUGUUCUAUUAGAGACAAGGAAAUUGUAAUGCCAGAAGAACACCAUGGUGAUGAAAAAUGGUUCGAGGAUGCAUGGAAUAAUUUAAUUUCUUCCACAACUGUAAUGACCGAAAUUAAAACCGACUUUAGAACGGCAAUAGAGAAAUAUGGCGAAAUUGAAAUGGCGCACUUUAAUAGAGCUGUUUUUAAAAAUGUAGGACCCUCUAUUUUAAGUGCGCUCUUCCAAAUAUUUGUAGCCGCUUCUGACGAAUAUAUUACAACAAGAAUGUUAACAACUAUUGAGAAAUGCUCUUCAAUUGCAUCAUUCUUCAACUUCAAAGGGUUAUUUAAUGAUAUAUUACGUAAUAUUUCAAAAAUCACUACACUUGCAAUUCCAGAAAAUGAGAUACUUUCACCAGAAAUGGAUACUAUUCCGCUAGUUGAAAUUAAAGCUGAAGAUUCAAACUUUGUUAUUCCUGUUAGUACAAGAUCUGUCUAUUUUGGUAAAAAUUACAAGGGACAGUUAUCCACAAUUGUCUACUUCAGAAUUAUCAGAAGAAAUAGAUUAAUUAAUAUGAUGAACGAUAUCACAUGGAAAGAAACAAUUGCAAUGUUACUAAACAUGUAUGAAAAUUUAUUAUUUCCAGGUGACAUUUUUGUCGAGUUCCAGAAGAAGGUACAUUUAACAAAAUUAUUAGCACCAGAGCCUGUUGUUAAACUUAACAAAAAUGAGGAAAGUAGAGGCUUAUUUUCCACAUUUGCUUCAUAUCUUACUGGUGGUGAAGAACCGACAGCCGAAGAGAUUGAUUAUUCUAUUAGAACAAUGAAUUGUUUACAAAUCAGUAAAAUUAAAACUUCCUUAUUUGGAAAUGGUACAAAUCUAACGACAGAUGUUAUUGAUUACUUUUUAGAUGCUAUUCCGGAAAAGAAAACUCGCGAGAACGCUAGAUUUUAUGAAGCUGAACUGUUAUUCAUAACAGAAAUAUCUGUUGCCUUGUUUUCUCUUGGGAAAAACGGCGAACAGUUUUCUGAUUCAUUACUACAUAGAUUAACUGAUUUGAGAUCGAGAAAAGAUAUAAGCAAAAAGACAGUUUGUCGUCUAACUCAAUAUGUACUCAUUUUACUAUCAAUUAUGGAUAAUAAAACUGACUAUUUGGUCGAAUUAUUAUCAAAAGAAAUUGGAGGCCAUCCAGAUGUAUUUGAUAAUGAUUUUUUCCAAAGUGAAGAAGGUCUUGGUUUUGUCCACUCAUUAUUAAAUCUUGUUAACAUAUCCAAUUAUCAAGAAAAAUUAUUUGGCGAAGAGACAUUAUGGAAUAUUUUAAAAUUAGUCACUCCUAUUUAUAGAUACGGAUUAAUUACUUUUGACUUUUUAGAGACUUCCAUAUCUAACAACCCUGAUAUUUCAAAUACUGAUAACUUUUUCCAUAUGAUUAGCUUACUCGAUGUUAUAUCUUCUAUUGGUGCAGUCGGUAAUGCUUGGGAAGAAGAGUAUGAGAAUUUGGUUAAAAGCGGACAUAAAGUAAACUCUGAAAAUCCACACAAGAAUGAAAUAGAGUUAGCAAUAAAAUCAAUUGAUUUAUGCUUAAAGUUUAUUAGAGACAAUUCUAUUUUUUCCAAGCUUGAUGACACAAAGAGAUGCACUUUAAUUCAAGUAUUAUGUCAUCAAUGCCAAAACCCUUGCAAAGAAAUUAGAACAUACACAACUAAAGCAUUAGAAACUAUCUUAUGUUUCAACAAUGAAAAGGCUAUGAAUUUACCAGUCUCUGAUAUAGAAAGUUUAAUUGAGGGAGGUUUUAUGCCGUUAUUAGAGAACGAUCAAUCACAUAUCACUGACAUUUUGGGGAUAGUCGGCAAAUUUUACAUUAGUUACUUAGAAAACGAUAAAGCUACAAAUGAUACAUUUAUCAAGAUCUUAAGUAUAUUUAAUAAGUUUGUUGAAGAUACAGAGGUAGAAAAACAACUCCAACAAUUGAUUAUCGACAAAAAAGACAUUAUAAAGAAGCUUAAAAAUACUUCAACUAUGACUACCCCAUCAAUAUCACCAUCACCAUCACCAAUUCCAAAGGAGAGCGAUUGA